CUCAGUGUGGCGCAGGACUUGUUCUCUCGCUUGCACUCUGCUCUCACUGCCUCGCUGCGAGUGCUAGACAAAUAUGCAUGAAGAAAAAAAACGCUCACGAGUCACGACCGACCAAUGCAAAAGCGAAGCCCUCAGUCCCACAGAACAUCCCUUCGGACCUCUCCCCUGCGGAUAUAACCGCGGUUCUGCCAAAAGACAGACACAAAGGAACGACGGGUAUGAAUUCGUUUUCAACAGGGAGCUGAAACUGGACAGUCAACACGGAUGAGCCCUGUCUCACUCACUCCUCUUCAUGCCUUCAUGACGUGCGUUUCUCCUUUUGUUCAGUCAACAAUUAAUCUGAGACCAACGCUCGAUGACCGAACGUGGUCCAUAUUUUUCACAGCUGUAAUUGCUUUACACGUUUUGAGAUCGGCUACCUGGACUUGACAAGACAGCACAGAAGCAGUGUUUCCGAACACCGUCCAAUGAUCGAGACUUUUCUUGGGGAAAAGAGAAGCAUCUUGGUGACUCAUAGGCUACUCUUGAUUUAUUUGCUUUAUGUUGACUCUUACUGAGAAUUCGUGCGCGCCUGACUUCAAUGUGGGAAUCCUGCGUUUUUUGCAUUCCGCCUUUUGGAUGGUGAUAACCACGCGACAGCAAAUCCCGCGCUGGUUUCCCGCACGUUUGGGCAGUUAGUCGUUAAAUUGCUAUUACUUGCUAAUGCCAGGUGUAUUGGAGAUGCCACAGGUGCAUGGUAUGGGUUUUAUAUGAAGCAGAUGCUCAAAGAUCACAUAUUAUUCAGUGUAUGAAUAUGAACGAGUACAUGAUUCUUUUGCGUGUGUUUUUUAAUCAGCUUGGAUAGAUAGUUGAAUACGGUUGUGAGGUGAAGUAAUUUACCUGCCUUCUGAACUGCAAACAACUUCAAUGUCCCUCCGCAUUCUGUAUAGCUAUUAACCCAGACUGUAACACAAUGGACCUCAAAGUAGAAUCUGAAGAAAUGGACUGCAAAAAGCCACCCGCUAUUGAGAUUUUUGCUCACAACUCAACGCUGCACGGAAUUUCGCACAUCUUCACCUAUGAGCGAGUCUGCGUCAAGCGCAGUCUGUGGGUCGUGUUCUUCCUGGGCUCCUUGACUUUAUUACUGUUUGUGUGCGUGGACCGAAUACACUUCUACCUGGAGUAUCCGCAUGUCACCAAACUGGACGAGAUCUCGACCCCGAUGAUGGUAUUCCCCGCUGUCACGUUCUGCAACCUAAACUUUUUCCGCUUCAGUCACGUGACGCGCAAUGACCUGUACCACGCAGGGGAGCUGCUCGCGCUGCUCAACCAGAGGUAUGAGAUUAGGGACACCCACCUGGUGGAGGACAGUGUUCUGGAGGCCCUGAAGGACAAAGCUGACUUCCACAACUUCAAGCCCCGCCCAUUCAACAUGCGCGAGUUCUAUGACCGCACAGGACAUGACAUCAAGGACAUGUUGCUGGCGUGUCACUUCCGGGGGGCCGAGUGCAGUGCCGAGGACUUCCAAGUGGUGUUCACUCGCUAUGGGAAGUGUUACACAUUCAACGCGGGGGGUGAGGGCCGCACCCCUCUCAUAACUACCAAGGGAGGGAUGGGUAACGGGCUGGAGCUCAUGCUGGACAUUCAGCAGGAUGAGUACCUCCCAGUGUGGGGAGAGACGGAUGAGACCACGUUUGAGGCUGGGAUCAAAGUUCAGAUCCACAGUCAGGAGGAGCCUUCCUUCAUCGACCAGCUGGGCUUCGGGGUGGCACCUGGGUUCCAGACCUUUGUUUCCUGCCAGGAACAACGGCUGAUAUACUUGCCCCCACCCUGGGGGGACUGUAAGGUGACACGGAUAGACUCAGAAUUCUUUGAGUCCUACAGCAUCACCGCCUGCCGUAUCGACUGUGAGACGCGCUACCUGGUGGAGAACUGUAACUGUCGCAUGGUACAUAUGCCUGGAGAUGCCCCAUACUGCACCCCUGAGCUGUACAAAGAGUGUGCUGAUCCAGCUCUCGACUUCCUGGUGGAGAGAGACAAUGAUUUUUGUGUGUGUGAGACACCGUGCAACAUGACCAGAUACAGCAAAGAGCUGUCCUUUGUCAAGAUCCCCAGCAAGGCCUCUGCCAAGUAUCUGGCCAAGAAAUACAACAAGUCAGAGCAAUACAUAGCUGACAAUAUCCUUGUUCUGGACAUCUUCUUUGAGGCUCUAAACUAUGAGAUGAUCGAACAGAAGAAAGCCUAUGAAGUAGCAGGACUUUUAGGUGAUAUUGGUGGUCAGAUGGGUCUUUUCAUUGGAGCCAGUCUCCUUACUAUUCUGGAGUUGUUUGACUACAUCUAUGAGGUGAUAAAGUACAAGCUCUGUCGAAGCUCAGAGAAGAAACACAAGCACAGCAACAACGACCAGGGAGCUGUUCUGAGCCUGGACGAUGUGAAAUGUCACUCUCUCCGUGACAAUUCUCAUCCACCUCCUCCAUACUCUGCCAAUAUGCUACCUUAUCACACAGAGCGGAGCAACUCAGAGGACUUCACCUGCUGAGCCAAUUAGAACACAAGGUAGUAAGGAAGUGGAGCAUUUCAGUUUCAUUCAAAAGUAGACAGAUGUCAGAGUAUAAAGCUUAUUUGUACAGAAUCUUGAUGAUGGGUAAUGCGUAACACUUCAAUAGCACUUAGAUCUCCACUGGUGCAAGAUUAGUGAUAGCCACGUGUAGCUUGCUUGAUGAUAAUUACUGCAGCCCACAACGUCAUGAAACUGGCUAUUUCAUCCCAUGUAUACUGAGCAAAAAUAUAAACUAAACAUGCAACAAUUUCAACGAUUUUACUGAGUUACAGUUCAUAUAAGGAAAUCAGUCAAUUGAAAUAAAUUUAUUAGGCCCUAAUCUACAAAUUUCACAUGACUGGGCAGGGGAGCAGCCAUGGGUGGGCAUGGGAGGGCAUAGACCACCAACUUGGGAGCAAGACCCAGCCAAUCAGAAUACAGAAAUACUCCUCAGUUUCAUCAGCUGUCUGGGUGGCUGGUGUCAGAUCAUCCUGCAGGUGAAGAAGCCGUAUGUGAAGGUCCUGGGCUGGCGUGGUUGCACGUUGUCUGUGGUUGUGAGGCCAGUUGGUCGUACUGACAAAUUCUCUUAAACAACGUUGGAGGCAGCUUAUGGUUGAGAAAUGAACAUUCAAUUCUCUCGCAACAGCUCUGGUGGACUUUCCUGCAAUUAGCAUGCCAAUUGCAUGCUCCCUCAAAACUUGAGACAUCUGUGGCAUUGUGUUAUGUGACAAAACUGCACAUUUUAGUGGCCUUUUAUUGUCCGCAGCACAAGGUACACCUCUGUAAUAACCAUGCUUGUUUAAUCUGCUUCUUGAUAUGCCACACCUGUCAGGUGGAUGGAUUAUAUUGGCAAAUAAGAAAUGCUCACUAAAAAGAAUGUAAACAAAUUGUGCACAAAAUUUGAGAGAAGUACGCUUUUUGUGCAUAUGGAACAUUACUGUGAUUUUUUAUUUCAGCUCAUGAAACAUGGGACCAACACUUUACAUGUUGCAUUAUAUUUUUGUUCAGUACAAAAUACAAUGGUUCUUGUAUCUUCUGAGAAUGUAAUUUUACUCGGGCUACAUGUAGAUAUAGAAACCAGGACUAAGGGAUUUUGGCUUUGGGUGUGUGAUGGUGGGAAAUGUCCUCUGAUCGACUUGUAGAUAUUGGUUGAAUGUGUGAUGAGAUCUUCAGGCUCACCACUGGGUUGCAUGUAUGUCAACAUAAACCGUGUGUUUUCUGUAAGCAGUAUAUUGGCAUGUUUGUCCAUGUUACAUCUGUUGUCUGUUUAUGUGUAUGGUUGUGUGUGUGUGGGUGGGGGACGGGGGACG